GAUCGCGCACCGCGUCCCCUCGGUGCAUUCCCUGGGACCGCCGUGUGGGCGCGCAUCGCCAAGGCUGGGCCGCCGCCCCACCCCAACGCCAGAGUCCAGAUCCGCAUGGUCAUCUGUUCCUUUCUGGGGAGUCACCACGCGCACAUUGACGGCUGGCAUUGCUCUGUGCUGUAUUCCCUUGAGUCGUCUCUCUUGUCUUCGGGUGGCUGCAAAUUCGGAUAAGUUUUUCCCCGGCGCUGAACACUUGGGUUCCCGGGAGGAGCUUUCUUCUGGUCUCUGUGGACAACUGAUCCCUGAUGCUGCCUUUGUUUAAAGACCAAGACAUUUCGUUGUGCUGCUAGUCCAGCCUGUGACUCCUGCUGCUGUUGUCAUGAAAAGGCAAUGCCAAUUUCAGCAGUCUUAAGCCCGGUGUGAAACUUUUGUGCGCAUCUACUCACACCACGCCACACCCCCCAUUUGUAGAGAUGUCUGGGGCUGGCCCUUCCUCUGGAUUUGCAGGAAGUGUGGACAAUGGAACUUUUCUGGAGCUGUUUCCCACGUCGCUAUCCACAUCGGUAGACGCGUCCUCGGGCCACCUCUCCAAUGUCUACAUCUAUGUGUCCAUAUUCCUCAGCCUCCUGGCCUUCCUGCUUCUGCUGUUAAUCAUUGCUCUCCAGAGGCUGAAAAAUAUCAUCUCCUCCAGUUCCUCCUACCCGGAGUACCCAAGUGAUGCUGGGAGCUCUUUCACCAAUUUGGAAGUCUGUAGUAUCUCCUCUCAGAGGUCUACUUUUUCAAACCUGUCAUCGUGAAGAAAAUGGAAGGAUAGUCUGAGUGAGCACGGCUUUGGUUUCUCCAUACAGAAGGAGCUGCUUCAUGACAGAAAUGACUGUGUUGGGUUGACCUGUGUUCCUCUUUCAUUUUUUAUUUCUUUUCUGCUCAGGAUGUGUUCCAUUUAUGAGAGGAGGAGCCAGCGCUGACAGAAAUGUAGGUAAACGUUGAAGUGUGGGAUUCUGCCCAAAGUUCUUGGCCAGCAUGGAGGCUGGUCAGCUCUGUGCUGGACGCCACAGACUCAGCUGAGGACUUCUGGGGAUGCUAGUUAGAGGCUCUUCUACACUGCCUCUUCCGAAGCCCUGGG